AUGAGACCCCUUACAAAUAUCUACGUCUUUGCUUGUGCCUGUACAUUCACACUGUGGAAUAAUAUCCAGCCAACUGUAGAAAACGAAUUUAUUGCAAAUUAUUCAAGCAGUUUGCUAACUAAUGUUCCAAAAACCCUUCCAGUCCAUACUCAUGUAUUAGAUUUAUCACAUAAUAGGAUCUCUGGACUUAGUAUCUCAGAAUUUAUUUAUCUUUCUGAACUUCAGGUAUUAAAUCUUUCUCAUAAUCUAAUUACAGAGCUUGACUUUAGUGUCUUCAUUUUUAAUGAAGAUUUAGAAUACUUAGAUUUAUCUCAUAAUAGCAUUUUGAAAAUUUACUGUACAACUCUUGCGUAUCUUAGACAUUUAGAUCUUUCUUUCAAUAAGUUUACUGCCCUGCCCAUCUGUCAGGAAUUCAGGAAUAUGUUUUGUUUGGAGUACCUAGGAUUAAGUGCCACAAUGAUACGAAGGUCGGACUUCAGGUAUAUCAUAAAUUUGCAGCUGUACACUGUCUUUCUAACCUUAGAAGACUUUUCUCUGUAUGAGCCUCAGAGUCUGACAGCCCUGAAUACAAGGAGCCUCCACAUUGUUUUUGCAGCAAUCCAGAAUUUCAGUUUUUCCCUCUUGUAUGAUGGAAUGACCACUUCAGAAAACUUAAAAAUAGUUAACUUGAGAUAUAACUUGAGCUACAAAGAUUUCCCGUCUCCUUCUUUAACACUCCUGAAGAAAAUCAAGACAACAGCUCUGAUGCUUGACACUGUAGACUUACAAUGGACUAUCAUUUUGCAAGUUUUCCUGCUUAUUUGGUAUUCACCUGUGGAGCAUUUGACUGUGAGAAAUUUGACUUUCCGGAAAUCACUAGGGGAGCUGACUGAAUAUGAAUUUCUACCCGUAUUAAGCUCUCUCGAACAAUUAAUCUCUUCGGGUGGCUCCAUGAAAACACUAACUUUGGAGCAUGUUCGUAAUAAGGUUUAUUAUUUUAACCAGGAGAUUCUAUAUAGACAGUUUUCAGAGAUGAAUAUUGCCAAUUUGACCAUAUAUGAUGCAUAUAUGCCACAUAUGCUUUGCCCCAGUAGAACCAGCUUAUUUCAGUAUUUAAAUUUUUCUCACAAUGCCCUGACAGAUGAGUUGUUCCAGAAUUGUGGCACUCUGACAGAUCUGCAAUUGCUUAUUUUGCAGAGGAAUAAAUUUGAAAGCCUUUCUAAAGUAAGCUUCAUGACCAGCCGUAUGAAAUCACUGAAAUACCUGGACAUGAGCAGCAACUUGCUGCAUCACGAUGGAGCUGAUGUGCAAUGCCAAUGGGCUGAGUCUCUGACAGAGCUGGACCUGUCCUCAAAUCAGUUGACGGAUGCCGUGUUUGAGUGCUUGCCAGCCAACACCCAAAAACUCAACCUACAAAACAAUCAGAUCACUAGUGUCCCCAAGGGGAUGGCUGAGCUGAAAUCCUUGACAGAGCUGAACCUGGCGUCGAACAGGCUGGCUGACCUGCCGGGGUGCAGUGGUUUUAUGUCUCUGGAGCUCCUGAACAUAAAGAUGAAGUCAAUCCUCACCCCAUCUGCUGACUUCUUCCAGAGCUGCCCAAGGGUCAGGGAGCUACAAGCUGGGAACAACCCGUUCAAAUGUUCCUGUGAGCUGCAAGAUUUUAUCCAUCUGGAGAGGCGGUCUGGGGGGAAG